AUGAUUGAUGAUGUGGAUUCGCUUUCGGACGGUUCUACGCAAGAAAAAACCACCACAAUAUCGAAAGAUGGAAAUGAUGUGAUAAUCGACAAAACGUGGACAGAGAGACAGAGCAGCGCGGAAAAGUCGAUAAUCCGAAGAACGUCGAUACCAGCACACCCGCUAGGCAACCGUCAACGCCGCGCGAACCACACACCACACCCGGACAACUCGGACGUGUCCGAUUAA